AAGCCCAUAUCUCAUCAAAAACCAAGCCUAAAACCCAAUUGAUCCCGAGCAGUCUAUAUAUCUGGAACCAUAGCUUAUAGACAGCUGGCGAAGAAAGAAGUGGCAGCAUUCAACUCUCUUUGACAUCAUCAGGCCGAUUAGUGAUGGGACAAAAGCAGGGGUUUUUCUUCUCCUUGGGGGGUGUCGGGGGGUUUCCACAUUAUUUCUUUUUCUUAUUUCUUUUUGUGUAUCUUGAUUGUCUUUUACUUUGGUAUAAUAUAAAGCUAUUUUCUUUAUAAAAGCUAUUUGACAGGGUGCACAUGAAACAUCUCAAAGUAUCUUUACAGUGGUUAUGUAAUAUUACUAAAUAAAAGACUGCUUGAGAUGUUACAAUGUGAACAAAUACACAAGAAAAAGCUCUAAUUUUCUCCUUUGCAAUUUUAGGGUUUGCGUAAUAUUAUUGACCAAGAGAUGAUGGAUCAUUGUGAUGAGUUGUAUGAUAUCACAGAUGAAUAUACAGACAGAUGGCUUUCUUCAGCACAUGCCUUAUUGGAAGAGUGUUUGGGUCGGAAGGAAGACUCUGUGGACGGUGACAUCAGUUCUACCAGCCGAACAGUUGGGCACAUAAAUGUUCUUGUGACUUCUGGAGCAUUGAUACCUAGCCUUGUCAAAUGCUUACUGUUUCGACUUAAUGAUUUCAUAGCUCAUAAUAAUGAAACAGAUAAUUCAGUUGCAUGCACAGCGAUAUUUGAAUGUGAACAGUAUACAGCUCAUGGGAGGUUGGUAAACUGCAAUGUUUCAAAUGGAUCAAGGAACGCUAUGAUAAUCAGAAUAUCCGUUUCUGUGUAAUUGGGGAUGGAUGGGAAGAAUGUGUAGCUGCACAGACAAUGCAAUGGCCU